CCAGGCCCGGGCCUUCCCCGCCGCCUCACCCGCCGUCUCCUUCUUGCCCAACCUCCUUUCCUUCGGUCUGGCCUCGGUGGGGGCCGGUGUCCGGCGGCCCCGGGCCCGGUGGUUGCCAAAAUCCCCUCAGCCUGAGGGGUGCCGGCGGGGCUCGCCCCGGCCCCUUUGUCCGGCUUCACCGUGCCCGCGCUUCGCCUCGAGGAGAGCUGUCGGGCGCUGCCACCGGUCGGCUAUGUCGGGGAAGCAGGUAGCUGACCGGGAAUGUGUCACGGGUGUUUAUUUAUUAUGGGUUUUUUUUUACCCUCUCGCAGCCAUGGAGUGCAGAGACAAAGCGGCUGCUCCUCCACGGAAGCUCGUACAAGCUCGGUUGCCAUUCAAACGCUUGAAUCCUGUACCAAAGGAAAAAUAUGAUGCAGAUUCAGAAGUCAAAAAAGUAAAGAGCUCACAAAGUGGUUUUGGUCCAGGUAAGGAUUCCUCCCUAGAUGCAUCGCAUGUGUCCCUGGACAACGUGGAGAAUGACUGCCAGUUGCAUUCAGAUGUGACUUUUUCUCCAAAACUCGUUAACGGAAAGGGUCCGUUAGACCAUUUUAUACAGAAAAACGCAAAAGAUAACACAAACGAAACUGUAAUUGUUAUUGAGCUGACAAAGGACUCUAGCCAUAGACUAAGUGAUGACGUAGACCACGUUAAUUUUGAUUCAAAAGCAUCUUCAUCCCUAGCUAUAACUAACGGCACGUUAGGAAAAGAGAUAAACCAGUUGAGGUGCCUGAAUUCCCCUCAGAGUAGCCAAAUGUAUGAUUCAAUGGAGACUGAUGCACCCUGUGAAGCCGUAGCGAAUAAAGAUGAAGAUUUGGUAGAUGGAAUCCAGUCGUGUUCUGGGUUAACAGAGUGUGAUAAUGUGGAAGACACAAAGGUAAACCAGAGCGAACUGAAGGAUGUCAUCUUUGAGGGGAAGAUGCCUGUAGUGCUCCUGGAGGAUAUUAUGACUGCAAAAUCUCCCAAAGUCGCUUCUCUGGAUGGAAGUGUCACGUCGGAAAAUGAGACCAUGGAAUCGUCUCAUGGAGACUCUGGACUUACCAACUCCUCACUAAGCUCUCACUCUGUGAGCUCACCUGAGGCACAGCCUGCUGCAGAAACAAAGAGGAAUACUAGUCCUUUAGCUGCCUCAACGCCUGUUAGGAAGGUACAUCAGAAAUUCCACAAAAGUUCAGCAGAGAAGGAGAAGCUCAGAUUGCAAAGAGAUCAGGAGCGUGCCGACAAGCUGCAGAAGUUGCAAGCAGAAAGGGAGGAAAAGGGAAGGCUGAAAGAAGAAGCAAAAGCCGCAAAAGAGCGAGCAAAGGAGGAGGCGAAGAAGAAGAAAGAAGAAGAGAAAGAGUUGAAAGAGAAAGAAAGGAGAGAAAAGAAAGAGAAAGAAGAAAAGGAAAAAGCUGAGAAGCUGAGAGUGAAGGAGGAGAAGCGCAAGGAGAGGCAGGAAGCUUUAGAGGCAAGACUCGAGGAGAAGAGAAAGAAAGAAGAGGAGAAACGGUUAAGAGAGGAGGAAAAGCGUAUUAAUGCACAGAAAGCAGAAAUUACGAGGUUCUUCCAGAAACCAAAGACUCCACAAGCCCCGAAGAUUCUUGCUGGCUCUUGUGGAAAGUUUGCUCCUUUUGAAAUUAAGGAGAACAUGGUCUUAGCUCCCCUCUGUCGUAUUGCCCUGGAUCCAGACUUCUUAGACCAGCUGGAUAAGCUCCUGCGUGCACAGAAUAGUGAAGUUUCUUUCUUGAGGGAUCUAAAGUGUCGUAAACCACGUAAAACUGGACCUACUUUUGUCAGUAACAGCACUGACAUAGUAAACAGUGAUGUCGUGGUAGUGGAUAACUGCAAAACAGAUGCUGUUCCUGAAAGGGGGAAAUUUGGUAGAAUGAAACUUCUGCAGUUUUGUGAGAAUCACCGUCCUGCAUACUGGGGCACAUGGAACAAGAAAACCACUAUGAUCCGUCCCAGGAAUCCUUGGUCAAAGGACAGUAAACUACUGGACUAUGAAGUAGAUAGUGAUGAAGAAUGGGAAGAGGAGGAACCAGGAGAAAGUCUCUCCCAUAGUGAAGGGGAUGAUGAGGAGGAGGGAGAGGAUGAAGAUGAUGACGAUGGCUUUUUUGUACCCCAUGGGUACCUAUCUGAAGAUGAAGGAGUGACAGAAGAGUGCGAUCCAGAGAAUCAGAAGGUUCGUCAAAAGCUGAAAGCAAAGGAAUGGGAUGAACUGAUGGCCAAGGGGAAGAGGUUCCACGUUCUACAGCCUGUGAAAAUGGGCUGUGUCUGGGAAAGCGCAGAAAAUGACAGCAGCACGAAUGCGGACCUAAAGGUUCUCCAGCAGUUCACAGCGUGUAUCCUGGAUUCACCUGUUGCAGAGGAAGAACAGCAGAUACAGAAAUGUAGCAAAAAAAGAGCAAAAGAUCAGCAAAUCCUUGGCCAGCUUCUGCCGCUGCUGCAUGGCAACGUGAACGGGAGCAAAGUGAUCAUCCAGGAAUUCCAGGAGUGCUGCCGGCAAGGACUGUUCAGUGAUGUGACUGCAGCCGCCGACUGUAGCGACACAAGCCCCGCGAGCCCCCACACCUCCCGGCCGCAGACGCCUGUUGGUGAGGACAGUGGUGUCCCUUCCAAAGCGAGGCUAAAGCGAAUCAUUUCUGAGAACUCUGUGUACGAGAAGAGACCUGAAUAUAGGAUGUGCUGGUAUGUCCACUCGGAGGUGCUGAAGAGUUUUGAUCAAGAGCAUCUCCCCGUCCCUUGUCAAUGGAACUACGUCACCCAAGUCCCUUCUUCAGGGAAGGAGGAGGGUGGCAGCGUGCCAGGCGUGGCGGUCCUGCAGACCACCCCCGUCUCGGUAAAGAGGAAGUCCACCGGAAGCAUGUCCAUCACUAAAUUCAUGAAAAGGCCUCGGGAUGCUGAACAGGCUGAAGCUGUGGAGAUGGAUGGAUUUCAGGCAGACACUGAGGAAGAUGAGGAAGAUGAUGACUGCAUGAUUGUGGAUGUACGGCCAGGCAAAGAUUCUACGUUGGCAGUUGCUGAAACAGCUUCAGAAUCUCGUGGCACAAGAGCUGCUCACCAGGACACCAGCAUGGUCAGCCCAUCUAAUACAGUUUGAGACUUAAAUGCCUACUAACUUCUCUGUAUGUAUGUAGAAUGAGUUAGAAAAUUUUAAACCUUGUGUAUCUUUGAACAAGAUACUUGCAAGUAUUCUGUAUUUCUUGUAAAGAGAAGACAGCACUUUGUUCUGCUUCAGACCAGAUGGCAGCUUAAAUUUUUAGUUCUAGUUUUUAGCUUAAAAAUUCUGCAUAUUAAUCUGUCCUUAAUAAAGCAUUAUUGAAAUUUUGAUACUUCUUUGUAAUGGAAGGUAUCUAAGUAAGUUAUCUCUAAAUCUAGUGCAGAGAUUUUGAAAUAAGCUUAUUGUGAUGCCACUGGGGGAAUUACUCUGUUCAUAAUGUAUAGCAUGGCCUUGGGUAUAAAUGAUGUACAAUUAUAUUUGAAUUUAUGCUAUCUAU